AUUUUGUAGCGUGGCGAGGGCGGACCGUGUGACGUUGAGCCGAGGCUCUGGCUGUUUAUUGUUCCUUCCUGAGCACCGAUAGAGGAAAAAAAAAAAAAACAGGCUAACGAUCCUCCAGCUUCUGUUUCCACACGUCUCUCGCUCGGUUUUACGAAACUGCAACGGUUCACACGGCCGACCGCCACAACCAGGGGCCAUGGCGUACGCGUAUCUCUUCAAAUACAUCAUCAUCGGGGACACGGGUGUGGGAAAGUCAUGUCUAUUACUACAGUUCACAGACAAGAGGUUUCAGCCAGUUCACGACCUCACCAUCGGUGUGGAGUUUGGAGCAAGGAUGAUCACUAUAGAUGGCAAACAGAUCAAAUUGCAGAUCUGGGAUACGGCUGGCCAGGAGUCGUUCCGGUCCAUCACCAGGUCUUACUACAGAGGAGCAGCAGGAGCACUCCUAGUCUAUGACAUCACAAGAAGGGACACCUUCAACCACUUGACGACCUGGUUAGAGGACGCCCGCCAACAUUCCAACUCCAAUAUGGUCAUCAUGCUCAUUGGCAACAAGAGUGACCUUGAGUCGAGGAGAGAGGUGAAAAAAGAGGAAGGCGAAGCUUUUGCCAGAGAACAUGGCCUCAUAUUUAUGGAGACCUCAGCCAAGACUGCCUCUAAUGUAGAGGAGGCUUUCAUCAACACAGCCAAGGAGAUCUAUGAGAAGAUCCAGGAGGGCGUGUUUGAUAUCAACAACGAGGCUAAUGGUAUUAAGAUCGGACCCCAGCAUCCCACCACCAACUCCCCACUGUCCAGUAACCAGGGAGGCCAACAUGCUGGAGGAGGCUGCUGCUGAAGGCCCACAACGCACCGCCUCCUCCAGUCCUCGCCCUUCCUCCUCCUCCUCCUCGCCCUCUCCAACCCUCCGUCGCGUUUCUACAGAACUGUCCAGGCCCACUAACAGUUUAACUUCUCUCUCUCUACCGCUUCAUUCGUCCAUCCAUCCAUCCUGAGUGUCUUAAGCAUCCCUGGAUGAGGACAGAGUCGGCCUCGCCUGCAGAUUUACACAUUUAUUUCAGAAGUUUUCCCACUAUUGUUUGAAGAUUUUAAGCAUUUGAGUAAAAACCCACAAACGUAACGCAGGAUUAAGUCCCCCCCCCAGCAAUUUAAUAAAUGUCCUCUUGAUUUACAUGGAUGUUGGUAUAUUGCAGGAACUGAAACUCACUAAGAGCUGUCAUUGUCUGCGGUGAGCUGGCUUUGUUAGAAACUUAGCACUCUUAACGUCUGACUUUACAGAAUAAACCCGGCACCAUGUUGUGUCUACACACACACACAUCCUUACGCGUUUCUACAGACCGCGUUGAUAGCAGGACGUGUUUCUACAUGCUGAGUCAGAUUUCAUGCUGUGCCUGUGUGCAUAGGGACAGCACAAAUAUUCCAGGAUGUCAGUUUGUGAUGUGUUGGAGGCGUUCGAGUCGCUCUGUAUUAUUUGUAUAAAAAAAAAAAGAGAGAUGCAAAUCAUGUCAUUUUUGUCCAUGCUUUCCCCUCAUUAUCUUUGUCACGUUAUUGUCCUCCUGCAGUCUUUGUGUCCUCUUUGUCAGCUCACACAUGUUUUUUUUUUUUGUUUUUGGUUGUUUGUUUUUUUUGUAUUUCCUAAACACUAAAAAAAAAAAAAAAAACCUGUUAAAAAAGUGUUUUAAAUCGUCUGGGUAGAGAAUAAAAGACCAAACUGUUGAGUGUGAACAUUGAUCCUUUUGGAGCAACAGAAAAGACGAGCAGGAAAGUUAAAAAAAAAAUGCUGAAGGGUUGUCGAGCGGUGGCUGUCGUUAUGAAGUGAAGAAGAGAAAGGAAAACAAAUGAAAUAAGAAGUUAAGACUUUUUUUUUUUAUGUAUUUAUCAGGCGCAUUUCUGUGUAUAUAUGGCUCUUUAGGUUUCUUUAGCUGUGUUGGCUGUUGAAGACGAAGCGUGGCAUGUUCUUGUGGUCUAGUUAAGUCUUAGCCAGGGUCUUGGGAAGACGCUGCUCAGGGCCUUCAGCUUUUUAGCAUUUUGAACAAUUCUCAUUUAAACCCGAAGAAGCUCACCCCCCACCCCACCCCCGGUACAUUAGGGUUGGAGGUGCCCUUUAUUUUAAAUGACAACUUUGAAUGAUAACAGGCUGUUAACAGGACCGAGCAGAGGGAACCCACUGUCCCUGGUGGUGGUGGUGGUGGGGGGGGGGGGACACUUUGACUCGGACUGAAAAUGUCAGAGCAUCUUCCUUUUAAGCGAGCUAAGAUUUCCAUCCUGAAUUAGCUGCCGGAUAUAUAAUGUGCUGUUUAGAGCUUGAUCGGUUGCUGCAAUGUUUUAUUUUUAUUUCUGCUUCAUAAUCUUCGUAAUCAGCCCUGUUUUUACGCUUAUAUGGCCAUUCACCCCUUCACUUUAUCGCACUUUUUUUUUUCUUUGCCAGACUGCAGUAACAACAGCUCUGUACUUAUUUUUUAAUGCCAAAAUAUCGUGUUUACCUGUGUUUUUAUCAAUAUGGAGGUGGGCUGGUGCAAAACACCUACUCUGCCCCCUGUAGUCUGACCUGAAAUCAGCUGUCUGCCUUAACUUCCACACCCCCUGCCCCUCCCCCUGAGAGACCUGGACAGCUGCAAAAAAAAAAAAAAAAAAA